AUGCAGCUCAUUCCCAAGGAGAUCGAUAAGCUGGUGAUAUCGCAGUUGGGUCUCUUGGCCCAACGCAGGCUUGCCCGAGGUGUUCGACUGAAUCAUGCGGAGGCUACGGCUUUGAUCUCAUCUAAUCUACAAGAACUCAUCCGAGAUGGCAACCACACCGUCGCCGACCUCAUGUCCAUCGGCAAAACCAUGCUAGGUCGCCGCCAUGUCCUACCCUCAGUCAUCUCUAGCCUCGUAGAACUACAGGUCGAAGGCACAUUCCGUACAGGGACCUACCUGGUCACCGUGCACCACCCCAUCAGCACGGAUGACGGAGACCUCGAAAAGGCUCUGUAUGGAAGUUUUCUCCCUGUUCCACCAUCAUCAGUAUUUCCUGACCCAGAUCCAGCUGAUUAUGAGCCUGAGAAUCAGCCGGGGGCUGUGAUUACUGUUAAGAAUUCGAGAAUCACACUAAGCGAGGGUCGGAAACGGAUUAAGCUUAAAGUGAUGAGCAAGGGUGAUCGACCGAUUCAGGUUGGCUCGCAUUAUCAUUUCAUUGAAACCAAUCCACAACUCCAUUUUGAUCGCGAAAGGGCUUAUGGAUAUCGUCUGGAUAUUGCCGCUGGUACUUCCAUUCGAUUCGAGCCUGGUGACACCAAGACGGUCACUCUUGUUGAAAUCGGCGGAAACAAAAUUAUCAGCGGCGGCAACUUCCUUGCAUCCGGCAAGGUGGAUAUUAGUCGCGUCGAAGCAAUUCUGACCAAAUUACAACAAGCUGGAUUCGCUCAUGAGCCUGAACCAACCGCAGACGCAAGCCUUAUUGCACCCUUUUCCAUGGAGCGCGAGGCAUAUGUUCGCAUGUUUGGACCAACGACCGGCGAUCUUGUACGGCUCGGCGCUACUAAUCUCUGGGUCAAAGUUGAGAAAGAUCUAACCCACUACGGAGAUGAAUGCACAUUCGGCGGCGGGAAAUCUCUGCGUGAAGGCAUGGGCCAGUCAUCCGGGAAGAUUGCCAAGGAAUGUGUAGAUACCGUCGUCACCAAUGCACUGAUCAUUGACUGGAGCGGAAUUUACAAAGCAGAUAUUGGUAUCAAGGAUGGAAUCAUUGUUGGAAUUGGCAAGGCCGGUAACCCGGAUGUCAUGGAUGGAGUGCACCCGGAUCUUGUCGUGGGAUCGUCAACAGACGUGAUUGCUGCCGAGGGCAAGAUUGUGACUGCCGGUGGAUUUGAUACGCAUAUUCAUUUCAUCUGUCCUCAGCAGAUUAAUGAAGCUAUCUCUUCUGGUAUCACGACCAUGUUGGGCGGCGGAACGGGACCAAGUACUGGAAGCAAUGCCACUACCUGCACGCCUGGACCUACCCAUAUGCGCCAGAUGAUUCAGGCAUGCGAUUCUUUGCCGGUGAACGUUGGUAUCACAGGCAAAGGAAAUGACAGUGGAGUGGAGAGUCUCCGUGAACAGGCUAUCGCCGGAGCGGCAGGAAUGAAAUUACACGAAGACUGGGGCAGCACCCCAGCUGCGAUCGACACUUGUCUCGAAGUGUGUGACGAAUUCGAUAUUCAAUGCAUGAUUCAUACCGAUACAUUGAAUGAGUCUGGUUUCGUAGAGCAGACGAUUCAAUCCUUCAAGAACCGCACCAUUCAUACAUACCAUACCGAAGGUGCCGGCGGUGGCCACGCGCCUGAUAUCAUCUCUGUGGUUGAGCAUCCCAACGUCCUACCCAGUAGCACCAACCCAACAAGGCCAUUCACCCUCAACACCCUCGACGAACAUCUAGACAUGCUCAUGGUCUGCCACCAUCUCUCUAAAAACAUUCCCGAGGACGUAGCAUUCGCCGAGAGCCGAAUCCGAGGCGAAACCAUCGCCGCAGAGGAUGUCCUCCACGACCUGGGCGCUAUCAGCAUGAUGUCCUCCGACUCGCAGGCAAUGGGUCGCUGCGGUGAAGUCAUCCUACGUACAUGGAACACAGCGCAUAAAAACAAGGAACAGCGCGGCGUUCUUCCAGAGGACGAAGGUACAGGAGCCGACAAUUUCCGUGUCAAGAGAUAUAUAAGUAAAUAUACCAUCAACCCGGCCAUUGCGCAGGGAAUGGUACAUUUGAUUGGUAGUGUCGAGGUGGGCAAGUUGGCCGAUUUGGUAUUGUGGACGCCUGACAAUUUCGGAACGAAGCCUAAGCUUGUUGUUAAGGGGGGUAUGAUUGCUGUUGCGCAGAUGGGAGACCCCAAUGCAUCCAUCCCCACCGUUGAGCCGGUGAUCAUGAGACCGCAAUUCGGCACAUUCGUUCCCUCAACGUCAAUCAUGUUCGUCUCCCAAGCAUCCAUAUCCCAGGGCGUGGUGCAAUCAUACAACCUCCGCAAACGCAUUGAGCCAGUCCGGAAUUGCCGUAAUAUCGGGAAGAAGGAUAUGAAGUUUAACGAUGUGAUGCCGAAGAUGAAGGUUGAUCCGGAGCGAUAUACCGUCGAGGCGGAUGGGCAGCUUUGCACAGCCGAGCCGGCGACGAAGUUGCCAUUGACGCAGCAGUAUUUUGUUUACUGA